AUGUGGCUGCGAUUAUUGAGGCGAAGAUCGCGAGGAUGUGGCCUUUUUCUUGGGUUGAAAAUCUGCGUAAUAAUGAGCAUGUUUAUCCUCUAUCACCUACUGUAUAACGAGGGCAAGCUUGCUUCAUCGAUACCAGGAUUAUUACCAUUGGAAAAUAUUCAGCUAAGAACUCACAUCGAAACAAUUAAUUACCGAUCUUUAACUGCAAAUACACAGACUUCAUCGGCCAUACUUAAUAAUGGUACUUUUAUAAUCUCCGAACCUAAUGAAUUUGAAGCUGAAGAAAGAGAUGCGAGUAUAAAAUUUCUCUUCGUUUUACAUCAUUAUGAGCAGCUUUCGAAGACGACAGAAAACUUACUUCAACUUGCUGCGGUCGCCAAGCAAAUCGAACGCGUGAUCGUUGAGCCAUUUGUUCGAGAUUCUAGAAUGUGUGGUUUACCCUACGGAUGGUCUGGAAAACUAAGAAGUGAACGACGUAGAUUUCACCCACUUUCUUUGUAUUUUGAUGUAAAAUUCAUGAACAAUUUGCUGAAGAAAUAUCACAUCGCGCCCAUGGUAAAAUUAGAAACUUUUAAACGCCAGUGUCGCUCAAGCGUGACCAACACCACGAUCAUACAUUUUCUGUACAGCGAUCAAUCGGAGAAGGAAAUGAAAAAGUGGUACAAGAUUUCGGCUCUUGAAUAUCAAGACAUUAAAAAACGGGCAAAAUCUUCUGGUUGGUGUGAAUGUAAAUUUAUCGAACAAGCUCUCAGUGUGUCGAAUCGAAUUGGGGAGCUUCGUAUCGGAAGGCAAAUCUGCGUUGAUGCUGAGAAAGUUAGUAGCCUUGAGCUGUUCGAAAAGGAAAUUACGAAAGGAGAUAAAUGCGUCGUCGUAAUUCAUUGGCGUGGAAUCGGAAAAGAUAGAACCCAUUUUAAACCGGAAGUUGAAGUGGAUAACCGGAAAUUGCUGCAUUCGUUACGGUCUAGCGAACGCGUUGCGGAGAAAGCUACGAAGAUCAGAGAUUCAAUCGGUGGAGAGUAUAUAUCUAUUCACAUUCGAUCUGAAAGACAGAUUCAGUGGUAUGAUGUCGAACGACUAGCGCAGUGCGUCAGAACUUUGGUGAAAAAAGUUGAAAGUCUCAAGCAAAAAUAUAAUAAAACAAGGGUUUUUCUUUCGUCAGACUUCACCCGAUUUGGAUCGGACACUCUACAUUCAUUCACGGCACAAAACACUUCAUUAGUGAACAAAUUAAAACAGAUUAAGAGAUUUUUGUACAAGGCUUUAAAACCUUUAAAGUACAAUCCAAAGUCGGGCGAUCCGUUAGAUAUGGACAGCGGCGUUGUGGCCCUCACAGAGAUGAAUGUGCUUACAGGGGGGUCACACUUAGUGACCAUUGGCUCUGGAAAUUUCCAGCAAUGGAUUGUUGAUGGGUUCGUGGAGAGGAAGGCUGGCACCGAACAGCAGAACAACUGGACCAUAACAAGAAUUUGCAAUAAAGAAGACAAAGUGAACGACUACAAACCUAGAUGAGUGAUGUUGCCUUGGUAACUAAUGAUUGACACAUGUUGAUCCAUCUGGUCUUUUUGUGGUGCAGACCUUUUCAGCCAUCAGUGACUAGGGGGAUAGGAAAACCUUGCGUGCUGUUGCGGCAUCAGGAAUUUCAUGCCAGGUGCUGUAGCCAUCACAUGCCAGCCAGUGUGAAAACCAUCAAAUUGCUGACAAGCAUUGGACAGAAAAUACACCAUCCCAAGCAUGCACAAGGACAACUGGAAAUCAAAAGAACUAAAAAACAGGUCACAGGACUUGAGAAAAGUCCUGGUCAGUUCUCUGGGACAACUAAACCUUCUUCGCCUGCAUAACAGGCACCAGUUAUUUUUUUUUUAAAAGGCAACGCAAGUUGGGAGGAAGCCUCAUCUUCUUUUCUCCCCUUGCGCGUCCUCGAGAUUUCUUCUUUUGCCCUAAAAAAAACCGGCGCCUGCUAUGAAGGCUAGAAGCUUCUUUGUUUGCCAGUUUAAACAAAAUCUGUGAAAUUUAUGAUGGAAUGGUAGUUAAUGAUAUAUGAAAUAAAUCAUGAACUGUGGAAAUGAAAUAAAAUGAAGAAAUAAUUGUUCCAGCGAACGUAAUUUAUGCAAUUGCGUAAAGACAACUGACCUGCUCCCAAUGUCUGUGGCUUCAUAGCUCAGUUGGUAGAGCAUCACACCGGUAUUGCGAGGUCACGGGUUCAAACCCCGUUGAAGUCCUGAAUUUUUUUUCAGGCUUCUUUACGCAAUUGCAUAAAUUGUGUUCACGGUGACGAUCAUUUCUUCAUUUUAUUAUUAGAGUAUUAUAUCUUGUAGAGUGCAUAAAAUGCAAACAUUGUGUUUUUUGGUGUAUUAUCUAUUUGACAAAAGAUGUCUAAGAUAUUUCUGUGCUUUCAAAGGCAGUUUAAGAAUAUAAUUUAAAGACCGAAGGGAUCCUUAGGUCCAAAUAAAGUGUCUACACCAUAAAUAAAAAUUUACAGAAUGUAAUAAGCAAAGUAAUGUAACCCUUUUUGGGGAGUAGUCAGAAGUACGGUAGCUAGUGCAAGGGCAUGGUUAUCUUAACCCUGUGAGUCCCAAGAUUGGCCAACAACAAUCUUAACACUGUCGAUGCACAGGUUAUUAAAAUUAACGAAAUGAUCACCCAAGGGAGAAAUGCUUUGAUCUUUAAAAAAUUCUCUCAACAAUUUUUUUAAGGAAAUGUAUGAAUAUCACUCUAGAGAAUGCGUAUUCAGUAUUGGGGGUUAAAGGGUUGAAGUGCCAGCCAUCUCAGGGAGCCUUGUUUGGUUUUUUAUCCCAGUACCAAGUUAAAUGAAUGCAAUUUCAGUAACACAACAAGAAAUGAAAGAACUAGUCACUUCUGUAAAGAACUUUCUUGUAAAGUAAUUCUUACCUAUAUGCGCAUACUAUUAGAUUUGUUUAGAAAUGUCAAUUACCAUAUUUUACGAGAAUGCAGGCUGCAGAUUAGCCAUUUGUCUGGACUUUUUUAUUGUUUUUAAGCCUAAAAACAAAAAUAAAACUCCAGCAGGCAAAUAUGACAGCUAAUGAAUCCAUGCAACGUUUGAAGACGGGAUGAGCAUGGGACUCACAAACACACACAAGGCUUGUGGAUUCUCUGUUCUGUAUCACAUUUACGCUAAAAAACAAUGCAUUCUCUGUUCUUCAUUAUGUCAUAAAUGUUACCUUACAAACUUAUGUCACAUCACUUCGAGAUUCAUUCUGCCUUGGAACUUUUGCAUGUGGCUUUUUCAGGCUGCCGCCUUGCAGCCUCACAUCUUCGUGAGGCUGCUUGUUGGCAAUGAAACCAAAUACAGGCAUAAUAACUUAAACUGAUCACAGAUAAAUAAAGAGUAGCCUAGAUGUCAGCUGCCCUCUCAUCCUUCUCAAGUCAUACAUUCCCGAGAUAUAUAGGUAUGUGCAAGUCCAGGAGAUGGCUGAAAUUCAGGCUAAAUAAACUGCAUCUGAGAUUUCGAUUUGUCCAGUAUCACAUGGUUUUGAGACAAUGGAGAAUGUGUGUCAGAUAUCAUGUGGAAAAAAGAAGUGAUCAGUAAUCAUAGAGAUAAAUUCAUAAAGAGUACGGGCUGCAUUUCAACUGCCUUCUUAUCCUUCUCAAGUCACACAUUCCCUAGAGAGAUGAUGUCAUCUCUUUCAGGUGUGUGUGAGUCAAGGAGAUGGUUGAAAUUCAGGCUAAAUAAACUGCAUUGCCAUGUGAGAUUCCAAAUAGUUCAACUUCACAUGGAUUUGAGGCAAUGGGGAAUGUGUGUGAUAUAUCAUGUGGCAGAAAAAAAUGAAAAAUGCUGACUGGCUAAAGGACCCUAAAGAAGUCAGGAUAAAAUUAAAUCCAAACCCCUUUGAAGAUAUUUCCAUCUAGUUAACUAGUAAAUAAUAGUUGUACCAUUCUUUGUUAAGCUUACUUACUCUUGAAUCAAAAGAUGCAUGCUAUUGCUGGCUUAAUGACAAUGCAAAGGAUCAAGCCCUGCAGCGGUCCAUAUCAUAAGCUUCUUCCUAAAAAAAAAAAUAGGAAAUUAAAAGCUUUAAAUAUUUCCUCUUCCCUUUUAUGUGUAUAAAUAGGUACAUGUAUGCCUGCAGCCGGGACCUGCAGCCAGUUUGAGAACCGCCAUGGCAUGUGUGUUGGCAUGCCAUCUGCUCAGGUCAUAGCAUUCAAUUUCCACGCGUUUAGAAAUUCUACACCAUCUUUCCUUCGCCCUAGCAGAGUACGAAUUAAGUACAAUUACAGCCCAGGGUACAGCCCGAAAAAUAGAAUUUUAGCCCACUGUUUCAAUGUUCUGUCCACACUUGAAGGGACGAGUGGGAGACUGGAUACGACUUAGCGUUUUAACCGCGAAGGGACUGAGAACCAGGUUCAAACAAAAAAUGGCGGCAGCUUGCGGCAGCUUAGGUACAUGCCGGGUACGUAGGACUUUUCAAAUUUAAAUUAAUUUUAAAUUACCACUUUUGUAUAUUGCUUCAUUAAUGAUUUUACAUUUGCAUAUUCAUAUCGCUGUAUUUAUAUAUGACAAACAUAGUUCUUUAAAUUCCUGUGGAAAGGCAUAUAUUGCGCUGAAUUAGUAUAAACUUCAAUCGCCCGGUUCCAAAAGCUAUAUAAGUUAAUACUUGUCCUCUUUUUCGUAAAAUCGCGGUCUUAAAAAUGUCAAAUAAUCGAAUCAGAUGGCAUAUAGUUCUGGAUAUUGUCUGUCUCGUUCUGUUAGGAAUAGCGGACUUGCUAAUUUUCGCAAUCCCAAUCAAACCGAGCCAACGAGGAUUCUUUUGCGAUGACAACAGUUUGAAAAAGCCUUUCCAAGAGGAGACUGUUUCUACUUGGGCAACAAUUGCAGUUGGAUUUUCUGUGUCAAUUCCUUCCGUAAGUACCUUCCUUUAAAAAAAAGCUUAACUACGAUAAUCUCCCAGGAUUAAUACAUCUGUUUACUUUGGAGAACUUUAUUGACUUUAGAAACAAACCGACCGAGCAGACGACCUAGUCAAUCAACAUGCGAUCAAACGGCUAAGUACGUCAACUUUGUAUAUGUCGACAUGUUAGGAGAGUAAAUAAAGGGAUACAAGUUCAACACUUUUUCUUCGCUUUACUUUAUGGCUCUGUCAAUGUUUACUUUGGCACCUCCGUUGUUCAAGUACAAGCGAUAAUCUAUUUACUAAGCUAUUCAGCUGUAACCAAUUCAGAUUUAUUUUACACCAGCUUUACAUAACUUUCAUCGCAUUGAUGAUAUGAUUAAACGAAUUUUCUUUUUGUGCGAUCUGUUUCAAACUUAAUAAACUUCGUAAAUUUUAGUCGAUGAUUUUGGCAACAUGUGUUUUUCGUGGGAGUAAGGAAUUUCCUGUGUGUAAUUUUGAAUUGCGUUCAAGCUAAGGAAUGUUUACCCAAAGCUCUUAUUAAGAAUUAAGCUGUUAUCUUUGGAAUACUAAUGAAAGUAACGCCGUCCACUAUUGUUUAAAAUUACCUCGAUAUUUUUUACUGAUUUUUGUGCAGACUGCUAAAUUUUUAAACCCCCUGUACUGUGUAGAUUUAUAUUGGUCAACAAUAUAAGUAAUGUUCACUUCAGAAGACUCUUGAGUGAAAAAUAAAAAAAAUAAAACAAAAACAAUCGCUGGUUAGACAAAACAAUCACUACUGUUAAAGUUAGCAAAUGUUCAAACAGAAUAAUAUUCUUCAGUCUUUGACUCCUGUUUACUUGAGUCUGGAACUGUUUUUAGGCAUUUAAUCUUUAAUUACUUACAAGUUAAUUUAUUUUAUGAUGCAGCGUUUUGUAAAGAAUUAAUGCCAAUAUUAGACCCUCUUAUGAUGCAGAGCAAUUAAAUGAUUUGAAACCUUUUCUGCUCCGUAUAGAUAAUAAUAUGUGAAGUAAUCAAAGGCAGAUCACUGAGAAGAAAAGCUGGGAGUGGAUUUGGCAAAAUCAACAUCAAAUGCGGAGUGCUGAGUUGUAAUUUGUUGCCAUGGCAUAGAAGGUGACUGGAAAUAAAAGUCUUAGUCUAAACUAUCCUUUGUGACCACUAGCAUAAGAAACCAACUCUACUUAGGGGCCAACCAUUUGACUUUUUGCAGGAUGUUUUUAUCCGAAAUCACCCAUAGUUGCCAACCCCCACCCCAACUUCAAAUGUCAAAUGAAGAGAACCUAAGAAGAGGUUUCUUUCCACAAUGGUUUUUAAUAGUACGCACAUAAGCUUGAUACACUGCAUGAAUGUCAGCAUCGCAAAAUCAAUGUGUUCCACAAUGCAAUAUUAACAACCAUGCUGCAAAGAAACCUCUGCUAACAAGGUAUAAAGUAUCACCAGCUUUGUGAAAACCUUUUUGAGCUGUGACAGCUCUGUGAUGAAAAAUUACUCGCAAGCAACUGUGAAGGAAACUGGUCGUUUCGGUACAAAAUCGUUUCAAUACAAGUCAAUUCAAUAUGAACUUUAUAAGUAGUGAAACUGCAAAGCAAUUUUGAUCAGUUAAAUUUAAAUAUGGCGCGAGUAUUUAUGAGCCAACAACACGAAAAUGUUCACACCUCGACUGAAUCAACUUGUAUCAAAAUGAUUUGUAUCCAAAUGUCUUUGUAUUGAAAUGACUAGAAAUCACUGUGAAUCAGUGGCCUUCUUUUCCUUUGUUUUUAAGUUAAGCAACCACUCAACAAAAUCAGUACCUGGUGAAUAAAAGCAUUAUCCUGAUCCACAGGUAGCCCAAGCUCGAAAUAUGAGCAUUGGUGAGCAUCGGCAUUGGUGCGUAACAUUCAAAAUAUAAGGAUUUGUAUGGCAAAAAAACCUAUCGUUUCUAUAACCUACGAAAAUUAAAGGAUUUCAAUAAAAAACAGCUUACCUUACUUAAAAUGUGUGUUACGUCUCUCCUGUGUGGUCCACGGGCCAAUUUAUGGCCGUUUUAUGGGUUUUUAUGUAAACGGUUUUCUCUCUACAUAAAAACCCAUAAAUCGGCCUGUGGCCCACACGGGAGAGACGUAACACACAUUUUAAGUAAGGUAAGCUGUUUUUUAUUGAAAUCUUUUCUUUUCGUAGGUUAUAGAAACGAUAGGUUUUUUUCCCAUACAAAUCCUUAUAUUUUGAAUGUUACGCAACAAUGCCGAUGCUCAUAUUUCGAGCUUGGGCUACCUGUGCCUGAUCAUUAUCAAAUAAAUUAUAAUACAUAACAUGAGCACUAAUGAAUGAGAUAAUUAACAAGUAAUGAAAAAAAAGGCUUUUUAAUAUCAUUUAAUGUAAUUCUGACCAGGCUAAUAUCUCACCUUAUCCCUUGUUUUCAGAACUCUGUUUAUUAUCUUCAUGUUUGGCUUUGGUGCUCUUAUAACAAACCUGCUUACCGACAUCGGCAAAGUAACUGUAGGGGGGUUGCGACCCUAUUUCCUUACAGUGUGUAAACCCAAUACUACCUUGCCACACUGUAGUCAAGGUUUUGUUACUGAUGAUAUCUGCACUGGAGAUCCCAAAGACAUUCUAGAGGCCAGGUUUGUAUUCAUCUCCAUUGCAGACUCUGUGCAUUACAUCUUGCAAUCAAGAUGGCGGUAUACUGACUCACCUGCUGGGGUUCGCAGACCCAUAAAAGUGAACACCACUCAAUCUUCCCACUUCCUCCCUCAAUUACACAGGAAAAAAUAACCGAUUCCCAUUUUUGGAUAUUUUAGGGUAUUUAAAGAAUACCCACAAAAAUCCCAAAUUUGGAAGAGUGAGACAAGUCCCAAUCAGGGAACUUGGUUGGGAAUUCCCUGGUUGGGACUUGUCUCACUUUGCCAAAUUUGGGAUUUUUGUGGCUAUUCUUUAAAUACCCUAAAAUAUCCAAAAAUGGGAAUCCGUUAUUUUUUCCUGUGUUACCUUUAAAGCAUUUUUAGAAUGUUAUGCAUGUACAUGUACGCAUUCUCUCAGAACAAAGUGCAAUAUGGAAACCCCUUGUAUAUCUACCAGCUCUUCCAGCCAAUUUAUCCAAAAGUCCUGUGGAUAAAUAGCGAAUCUCCCAGUGUCACCAUGUUAGUGGUUUUGGAGCCCUUCUUUAUAUCAGCCAGAAUGAAUUUGUAAAUUUUCUGUACUUUCCAUAAAAAAAGCAGAGGGGGAUACAGGGGUUAACAGACAGGGAAAGGAGAGAGGGUCAUGAAUGCAAAACAGAAAGUCUCCAGAUAAUGGCAUCUCUUGCUAUUUCCAAUCUCGCUCCUGCCCCUUUGAACAAUUAGUAUUUUUGAAGUUCUUCAUUUUUAACUUUGUUUUAGGGAAUCAUUUCCAUCAGCCCAUUCAUCCUUCUCGGCUUAUACCAUGGUUUUUCUAGCAGUAAGUUGCAUUAGAACUUAAAAGUAAUCAUUAUAAUCAUCAACAAUAUCAUUAAUCUUAAUAAUUUGCAUAAUCUUGAUCAACUAAUCUUGUCAUUAAUUUAACAGUUUUAGCAAUUUUGGCUGGUGGAUGUUUAAGCUGCUACCAUAUCAAAGCGCUUGUAGCCGGAGACACCGACAUCUUUGUAAGGGGUUUCAGAAGGGCUUAUAUCUAAGAGGGCUUUUAUAACCAGAAUAGAAAAAGUGCUUUGAACCAAGCAGUGCUGAUCAAAAUACCUUUCGCAUUAACUGGUUUCUAAUUAAGCUCUAAAACAUCAUAGUAAAUCAGAUUCACUUCAAUACAACCUAGAGGGAGGGGGCUUAUAUUCGGAUGUAUUUUAUAUUGGCCUAUAACUGGCAGAGGGGGAGGGGGGGACUUGUGGGUAGCGGUUUACUGUACACUGCAUUUCACCCUACUGCUGUCAUGGUAACUUAUCCCUAAUUCCCUAUGUAACAAAAUCCUGUUCAGAAAUGCUGGUCUGGAGGAAAGUCCUUUACAAACAUGACAAACAGGCUUUUACUGACAGAAACAUUUUUUUUUUUAAAUUUUGUUUUCCAAACAGCUCUAUCUGGAAGCAUCAAUGCCAACAAAACGAACCAACUUAGUCAAACCGUUUGCUCAAGUGAGUUUCAUCAUCCUGGGUUUACUGUGUGCUUUGUCACGGAUAUUUGAUUAUUGGCAUCACUGGGGAGAUGUGUUGGUUGGCCUGUUCCUGGGUACUAUUGUGGCUUUCUUUAUUGUAAGUGUAGGAUCUUAUUAGCAGUCAUAGGUAAUGUGUCCUGAGGAAACAGCCAAUAUUUUGCGACACCACUCACUGCUGGUUUCGCUGCAAAAUCACACCUGAGGACCAAGCAAAGAAAUUCCAUACUGAUAACACAUCACCUAUACCCAUAUAGGGAUAGUGCUUCUGACUGGUUGAAGCGAAUUUCCAACAAGAUCUACCCAGUUCUCGAUAGUGAUGCAUCAUCAGUAUCAAAUUUCGGAACUUAGACAUUUCACAGGAAAAAGAAUGGUGAGGUUGCAAAACCUGGGUUGUUUUCUCAGGCAAUAACUAACAUCCCCUCUUACACCCCUACUGCAUGUUCUCACAGUUGUGACGUAACUGUUGUUGCUAUUGUCACUGUUGUCGCUGCUCACACUGCUGUCGCUGUUGUUAUUGUUGUCACCGUUGUCUCUGUAGUCACUGUUCUCCCCAUUGUUGCCGUUUUUCCUGUUGUCGCUGUUGUCCCGGCCUGUUGUUGCUGUUGUCUUAGUCUGUAGUCGCUGUUGUCACUGAUCUCACUAUUGUCACUGUUGUUAACAUUGCCGCUGUUGUCACUGUUGUUGCUCCUGUCACUAUUGCCAUUGUUGUCACUGUUGUAGCUGUUUUCACCAUUGACGCUGUUGUCGCUGUUUUCACCGAUGUUCCUAUUGUUGCUGUUUUCACCAUUGUCACUGAUGUCACUGUUUUCGCUGUUGUCACUACUUUCACCGUUGUCACCAUUAUCACUGUUGUCAACAUUGUCACCAUUGUCACUGUUGUCACCGUUGUCGUUGUUGUCACCGUUGUCUCUGUUGUCACCGUUGUCAGUGUUGUCACCAUUGUCACCGGUGUCGCCGUUGUCACUGUUGUCGCCGUUGUCACCGUUGUCGCUUUUGUCACUGUUGUCACCGUUGUCACUGUUGUCACCAUUGUCACUGUUGUCACCGUUGUCGUUGUUGUUUCUGUUGUCACCGUUGUCACUGUUGUCGCUGUUGUCACUGUUGUUGCCGUUGUCAUUGUUUUCACUGUUCUGAGCGUUGUCACCGUUUUCACUGUUGUCACCGUUGUCACUGUUGUCAUUGUUGUCACCGUUCUCACGGUUGUCGAUGUUGUUACUGUUGUCACUGUUGUCACCGUUGUCACUGUUGUCACCGUUGUCACUGUUUUCACUGUUCUCACCGUAGUCACCGUUGUCAUGGUUGUCACUGUUGUCAUUGUUGUCACCGUUGUCACCGUUGUCGUUGUUGUUACUUUUGUCACCGUUGUCACUUUUGUCACUGUUGUCAACAUUGUCACUGUUGUCACCGUCGUCGCCGUUGUCACCAUUGUCACCGUUGUCGCUUUUAACACUGUUGUCACCGUUCUCACUGUUGUCACCGUUGUCACUGUUUUCACUGUUGUCACCGUUGCCAUUGUUGUCACGAUUGUCACUGUUGUCAUUUUUGUCACCGUUGUCACUGUUGUCGUUGUUGUUACUGUUGUCACUGUUGUCACUGUUGUCACCGUUGUCACUUUUGUCACUGUUGUCAUUGUUGUCACCGUUGUCACCGUUGUCGUUGUUGUUACUGUUGUCACUGUUGUCACUGUUGUCACUCUUGUCACCGUUGUCACUGUUUUCACUAUUGUCACUGUUCUCACUGUUGUCAUUGUUGUCACCAUUGUCGUUGUUCUUACUGUUGUCACUAUUGUCACCGUUGUCACUGUUGUCACCAGAUGUCAUCAUUGUCACUCUUGUCACCAUUGUCACCGUUGUCACCGUUGUCACCGUGUCACUGUUUUCACCGUUGUCACCAUUGUCACCAUUGUCAGUGUUGUUACCGUUAUCACCGUUGUCACGGUUGUCAUUGUUAUCACUUUUGUCACUCUAUUUACCGUUGUCACUGUUGUCACCGUUGUCACUGUUGUCACCGUGGUCACUGUUUUCACCGUUGUCACCGUUGUCACCCUCUUCACUGUUGUCACGGUUGUCACUGUUGUCAUUGUUGUCAUUGUUGUGACCGUUGUCGUUGUUGUUACUGUUCUCACCGUUGUCACUGUUGUCACCGUUGUCACCGUUGUAACCGUCGUCACUGUUGUCACCGUGGUCACUGUUGUCACCGUUGUCACUGUUGUCACUGUUGUUACCGUGGUCACUGUUGUCACUGUAGUCACCAUUGUCACUGUUGUCACUGUUGUCACCGUUGUCACUGUUGUCACCAUUGUCAUCGUUGUGACUGUUCUCAUCGUUGUCACCGUUGUCACUGUUGUCACCUUUCUCACCGUUGUCACUUUUGUCACUCUUGUCACUGUUGUCAUCGUUCUCACUAUUGUCAUCGUUGUCACUGUUGUCACCGUUCUCACUGUUGUCACUGUUGUCACCGUUUUCACUGUUGUCACCGUUGUCAUCGUUGUCACUGUUGUCAUCGUUGUCACUGUUGUCACCAUUGUCACCGUUGUCACCGUUGUCAUCGUUGUCACUGUUGUCACCGUUGUCACCGUUGUCACCGUUGUCACUGUUGUCACUGUUGUCACCGUUGUCAUCGUUGUCACUGUUGUCACCGUUGUCACUGUUGUCAUCGUUGUCACUGUUGUCACCGUUGUCACUGUUGUCACUCUUGACAUCGUUGUCACUGUUGUCACCGUUGUCACUGUUGUCAUCAUUGUCACUGUUGUCACCGUUGUCACUGUUGUCGCCUUUGUCACCGUUGUCAUUUUUGUCACCGUUGUCAUCGUUGUCACUGUUGUCAUAGUUGUCACUGUUGUCACCGUUGUCACUGUUGUCACCGUUGUCAUCGUUGUCACUGUUGUCAUCAUUGUCACUGUUGCCACCGUUGUCACCGUUGUCAUUGUUGUCACUGUUGUCAUCAUUGUCACUGUUGUCACCGUUUCCAGUGUUGUCACCUUUGUCAUCGUUGUCACUGUUGUCAUCAUUGUCACUGUUGUCACCGUUGUCACCGUUGUCACGGUUGUCACCGUUGUCAUCGUAGUCACUGUUGUCAUCGUUGUCACUGUUGUCACCGUUGUCACCGUUGUCACUGUUAUCACUGUUGUCACCGUUCUCAUCGUUGUCACUGUUGUCAUCGUUGUCACUGUUGUCACCGUUGUCACCGUUGUCACUUUUGUCACCGUUGUCACUGUUGUCACCGUUGUCAUCGUUGUCACUGUUGUCAUCUUUGUCACUGUUGUCACCUUUCUCAUCGUUGUCACUGUUGUCAUCGUUGUCACUGUUGUCACUGUUGGCACCGUUGUCAUCGUUGUCACUGUUGUCAUCGUUGUCACUGUUGUCAUGGUUGUCACUGUUGUCAUCAUUGUCACUGUUGUCACCGUUGUCACUGUUUUCACCGUUGUCACCGUUGUCAUCGUUGUGACCGUGGUCAUCGUUUUCACUGUUGUCACCGUUGUCACUUUUGUCACCGUUGUCAUCGUUGUCACUUUUGUCAUCGUUGUCACUGUUGUCACCGUUGUCACUGUUGUCACCGUUAUCAUCGUAGUCACUGUUGUCACCGUUGUCACUGUUGUAAUCGUUGUCACUGUUGUGACCGUUGUCAUCGUUGUCACAGUUGUCACUGUUGUCAGCGUUGUCAUCGUUGUCACUGUUGUCAUCGUUGUCACUGUUGUCACCGUUGUCACUGUUGUCACUAUUGUCACCGUUGUCACUGUUGUCAUCGUUGUCACUGUUGUCACCGUUGUCAUCGUUGUUGACCACUGUUGUCACCGUUGUCACUGUUGUCACUGUUGUCACCGCUGUCAUUGUUGUCACUGUUGUCACCGUUGUCAUCGUUGUCACUGUUGUCAUCGUUGUCACUGUUGUCACCGUUGUCACUGUUGUCACUGUUGUCACCGUUGUCACUGUUGUCACCGUUGUCACUGUUGUCACUGUUGUCAUCAUUGUCACUGUUGUCACCGUUGUCACUGUUGUCACCUUUGUCACCGUUGUCAUUUUUGUCACCGUUGUCAUCGUUGUCACUGUUGUCAUAGUUGUCACUGUUGUCACCGUUGUCACCGUUGUCAUCGUUGUCACUGUUGUCAUCGUUGUCACCGUUGUCACCGUUGUCAUCGUUGUCACUGUUGUCAUCAUUGUCACUGUUGUCACCGUUUCCAGUGUUGUCACCGUUGUCAUCGUUGUCACUGUUGUCAUCAUUGUCACUGUUGUCACCGUUGUCACCGUUGUCACGGUUGUCACCGUUGUCACUGUUGUCACCGUUGUCAUCGUUGUCACUGUUGUCAUUUUUGUCACUGUUGUCACCUUUGUCAUCGUUGUCACUGUUGUCAUCGUUGUCACUGUUGUCAUCAUUGUCACCGUUGUCAUCGUUGUCACUGUUGUCAUCAUUAUCACUGUUGUCACCGUUUCCAGUGUUGUCACCGUUGUCAUCGUUGUCACUGUUGUCAUCAUUGUCACUGUUGUCACCGUUGUCAUCGUUGUCACUGUUGUCAUUUUUGUCACUGUUGUCACCUUUGUCAUCGUUGUCACUGUUGUCAUCGUUGUCACUGUUGUCACUGUUGUCAUCGUUGUCACUGUUGUCACCGUUGUCAUCGUUGUCACUGUUGUCAUCGUUUUCAGUGUUGUCACCGUUGUCAUCGUUGUCACUGUUGUCAUCAUUGUCACUGUUGUCACCGUUGUCACCGUUGUCACGGUUGUCACCGUUGUCAUCGUAGUCACUGUUGUCAUCGUUGUCACUGUUGUCACCGUUGUCACCGUUGUCACUGUUGUCACUGUUGUCACCGUUGUCAUCGUUGUCACUGUUGUCAUCGUUGUCACCGUUGUCACUGUUGUCACUUUUGUCACCGUUGUCACUGUUGUCACCGUUGUCAUCGUUGUCACUGUUGUCAUCUUUGUCACUGUUGUCACCUUUGUCAUCGUUGUCACUGUUGUCACCGUUGUCAUCGUUGUCACUGUUGUCAUCGUUGUCACUGUUGUCAUCGUUGUCACUGUUGUCAUAGUUGUCACUGUUGUCACCGUUAUCACUGUUUUUACCGUUGUCAUCGUUGUCACCGUUGUCAUCGUUCUCACUGUUGUCAUCAUUGUCACUGUUGUCACCGUUUCCAGUGUUGUCACCGUUGUCAUCGUUGUCACUGUUGUCAUCUUUGUCACUGUUGUCACCGUUGUCACCGUUGUCACGGUUGUCACCGUUGUCAUCGUUGUCACUGUUGUCAUCGUUGUCACCGUUGUCACCGUUGUCACCGUUGUCACUGUUAUCACUGUUGUCACCGUUGUCAUCGUUGUCACUGUUGUCAUCGUUGUCACUGUUGUCACCGUUGUCAUCGUUGUCACUGUUGUCAUAGUUGUCACUGUUGUCAUCCUUGUCACUGUUGUCACCGUUGUCACUGUUGUCACCGUUGUCAUCGUUCUCACUGUUCUCAUCAUUGUCACUGUUGUCACCGUUUCCAGUGUUGUCACCGUUGUCAUCGUUGUCACUGUUGUCAUCAUUGUCACUGUUGUCACCGUUGUCACCGUUGUCACGGUUGUCACCGUUGUCAUCGUUGUCACUGUUGUCAUCGUUGUCACCGUUGUCACCGUUGUCACCGUUGUCACUGUUAUCACUGUUGUCACCGUUGUCAUCGUUGUCACUGUUGUCAUCGUUGUCACUGUUGUCACCGGUGUCACCGUUGUCACUUUUGUCACCGUUGUCACUUUUGUCACCGUUGUCACUGUUGUCACCGUUGUCAUCGUUGUCAGUGUUGUCACCUUUGUCACCGUUGUCACUGUUGUCACCGUUGUCAUCGUUGUCACUGUUGUCAUCGUUGUCACUGUUGUCACCGUUGUCACUGUUGUUACCGUUUUCAUCGUUGUCACUGUUGUCAUCGUUGUCACUGUUGUCACCGUUGUCACUGUUGUCAUCGUUGUCACUGUUGUCACCAUUGUCACUGUUGUCACCGUUGUCACUGUUAUCACUGUUGUCACCAUUGUCACUGUAGUCACCGUUGUCAUCGUUGUCACUGUUGUCAUGGUUGUCACUGUUGUCAUCAUUGUCACUGUUGUCACCGUUGUCACUGUUUUCACCGUUGUCACCGUUGUCAUCGUUGUGACCGUGGUCAUCGUUUUCACUGUUGUCACCGUUGUCACUUUUGUCACCGUUGUCAUCGUUGUCACUUUUGUCAUCGUUGUCACUGUUGUCACCGUUGUCACUGUUGUCACCGUUAUCAUCGUAGUCACUGUUGUCACCGUUGUCACUGUUGUAAUCGUUCUCACUGUUGUGACCAUUGUCAUCGUUGUCACGGUUGUCACUGCUGUCAGCGUUGUCAUCGUUGUCACUGUUGUCAUCGUUGUCACUGUUGUCACCGUUGUCACUGUUGUCACUGUUGUCACCGUUGUCACUGUUGUCAUCGUUGUCACUGUUGUCACCGUUGUCAUCGUUGUUGACCACUGUUGUCACCGUUGUCAUCGUUCUCACUGUUGUCAUCGUUGUCACUGUUGUCAUCGUUGUCACUGUUGUCACUGUUGUCAUCGUUGUCACUGUUGUCACCGUUGUCAUCGUUGUCACUGUUGUCACCGUUGUCACUGUUGACAUCGUUGUCACUGUUGUCACCGUUGUCACUGUUGUCACUGUUGUCAUCAUUGUCACUGUUGUCACCGUUGUCACUGUUGUCACCUUUGUCACCGUUGUCAUUUUUGUCACCGUUGUCAUCGUUGUCACUGUUGUCAUCGUUGUCACUGUUGUCAUAGUUGUCACUGUUGUCACCGUUGUCACCGUUGUCAUCGUUGUCACUGUUGUCAUCAUUGUCACCGUUGUCACCGUUGUCAUCGUUGUCACUGUUGUCAUCAUUGUCACUGUUGUCACCGUUUCCAGUGUUGUCACCGUUGUCAUCGUUGUCACUGUUGUCAUCAUUGUCACUGUUGUCACCGUUGUCACCGUUGUCACGGUUGUCACCGUUGUCACUGUUGUCACCGUUGUCAUCGUUGUCACUGUUGUCAUUUUUGUCACUGUUGUCACCUUUGUCAUCGUUGUCACUGUUGUCAUCGUUGUCACUGUUGUCAUCAUUGUCACCGUUGUCAUCGUUGUCACUGUUGUCAUCAUUAUCACUGUUGUCACCGUUUCCAGUGUUGUCACCGUUGUCAUCGUUGUCACUGUUGUCAUCAUUGUCACUGUUGUCACCGUUGUCAUCGUUGUCACUGUUGUCAUUUUUGUCACUGUUGUCACCUUUGUCAUCGUUGUCACUGUUGUCAUCGUUGUCACUGUUGUCACUGUUGUCAUCGUUGUCACUGUUGUCACCGUUGUCAUCGUUGUCACUGUUGUCAUCGUUUCCAGUGUUGUCACCGUUGUCAUCGUUGUCACUGUUGUCAUCAUUGUCACUGUUGUCACCGUUGUCACCGUUGUCACGGUUGUCACCGUUGUCAUCGUAGUCACUGUUGUCAUCGUUGUCACUGUUGUCACCGUUGUCACCGUUGUCACUGUUAUCACUGUUGUCACCGUUGUCAUCGUUGUCACUGUUGUCAUCGUUGUCACCGUUGUCGCUGUUGUCACUUUUGUCACCGUUGUCACUGUUGUCACCGUUGUCAUCGUUGUCACUGUUGUCAUCGUUGUCACUGUUGUCACCGUUGUCAUCGUUGUCACUGUUGUCACCGUUGUCAUCGUUGUCACUGUUGUCAUCGUUGUCACUGUUGUCAUCGUUGUCACUGUUGUCAUCAUUGUCACUGUUGUCACCGUUAUCACUGUUUUUACCGUUGUCAUCGUUGUCACCGUUGUCAUCGUUUUCACUGUUGUCACCGUUGUCACUUUUGUCACCGUUGUCAUCGUUGUCACUUUUGUCAUCGUUGUUACUGUUGUCACUGUUGUCACCGUUGUCACUGUUGUCACCGUUGUCAUCGUAGUCACUGUUGUCACCGUUGUCACUGUUGUAAUCGUUCUCACUGUUGUGACCAUUGUCAUCGUUGUCACGGUUGUCACUGUUGUCAGCGUUGUCAUCGUUGUCACUGUUGUCAUCGUUGUCACUGUUGUCACCGUUGUCACCGUUGUCACCGUUGUCACCGUUUUCACUGUUGUCACCGUUGUCAUCGUUGUCACUGUUGUCACCGUUGUCACCGUUGUCACUGUUGUCACCGUUGUCACCGUUGUCACUGUUGUCACUGUUGUCACUGUUGUCACCGUUGUCACUGUUGUCACCGUUGUCACUGUUGUCACUGUUGUCAUCGUUGUCACUGUUGUCACCGUUGUCACUGUUGUCACUGUUGUCACCGUUGUCACUGUUGUCAUCGUUGUCACUGUUGUCACCGUUGUCACCGUUGUCACUGUUGUCACUGUUGUCACCGUUGUCACUGUUGUCACCGUUGUCACCGUUGUAAUUGUUGUCACCGUUGUCAUCGUUGUCACUGUUGUCAUAGUUGUCACUGUUGUCAUCCUUGUCACUGUUGUCACCGUUGUCACUCUUGUCACCGUUGUCAUCGUUCUCACUGUUGUCAUCAUUGUCACUGUUGUCACCGUUUCCAGUGUUGUCACCGUUGUCAUCGUUGUCACUGUUGUCAUCUUUGUCACUGUUGUCACCGUUGUCACCGUUGUCACGGUUGUCACCGUUGUCAUCGUUGUCACUGUUGUCAUCGUUGUCACCGUUGUCACCGUUGUCACCGUUGUCACUGUUAUCACUGUUGUCACCGUUGUCAUCGUUGUCACUGUUGUCAUCGUUGUCACUGUUGUCACCGUUGUCACCGUUGUCACUGUUGUCACCGUUGUCACUGUUGUCACCGUUGUCACCGUUGUCAGUGUUGUCACCUUUGUCAUCGUUGUCACUGUUGUCACCGUUGUCAUCGUUGUCACUGUUGUCACCGUUGUCACCUUUGUCACCGUUGUCACUGUUGUCAUCGUUGUCACUGUUGUCACCGUUGUCACUGUUGUCACUGUUGUCAUCGUUGUCACUGUUGUCACCGUUGUCACUGUUGUCACCUUUGUCAUCGUUGUCACUGUUGUCACCGUUGUCAUCGUUGUCACUGUUGUCACCGUUGUCACUGUUGUCACUGUUGUCAUCGUUGUCACUGUUGUCACUCUUGUCACCUUUGUCACCGUUGUCACUGUUGUCAUCGUUGUCACUGUUGUCACCGUUGUCACUGUUGUCACUGUUGUCAUCGUUGUCACUGUUGUCACCGUUGUCACUGUUGUCACCUUUGUCACCAUUGUCAUUUUUCUCACCGUUGUCAUCGUUGUCACUGUUGUCAUAGUUGUCACUGUUGUCAUCCUUGUCACUGUUGUCACCGUUGUCACUGUUGUCACCGUUGUCAUCGUUCUCACUGUUCUCAUCAUUGUCACUGUUGUCACCGUUUCCAGUGUUGUCACCGUUGUCAUCGUUGUCACUGUUGUCAUCAUUGUCACUGUUGUCACCGUUGUCACCGUUGUCACGGUUGUCACCGUUGUCAUCGUUGUCACUGUUGUCAUCGUUGUCACCGUUGUCACCGUUGUCACCGUUGUCACUGUUAUCACUGUUGUCACCGUUGUCAUCGUUGUCACUGUUGUCAUCGUUGUCACUGUUGUCACCGUUGUCACCGUUGUCACUUUUGUCACCGUUGUCACUUUUGUCACCGUUGUCACUGUUGUCACCGUUGUCAUCGUUGUCAGUGUUGUCACCUUUGUCACCGUUGUCACUGUUGUCACCGUUGUCAUCGUUGUCACUGUUGUCAUCGUUGUCACUGUUGUCACCGUUGUCACUGUUGUUACCGUUUUCAUCGUUGUCACUGUUGUCAUCGUUGUCACUGUUGUCACCGUUGUCACUGUUGUCACCGUUGUCAUCGUUGUCACUGUUGUCACCGUUGUCACUGUUGUCACCGUUGUCACUGUUAUCACUGUUGUCACCAUUGUCACUGUAGUCACCGUUGUCAUCGUUGUCACUGUUGUCAUCGUUGUCACCGUUGUCACUGUUGUCACCAUUGUCAUCGUUUUCACUGUCGUCACCGUUGUCAUCGUUGUCACUGUUGUCAUCGUUGUCACUGUUGUCACCGUUCUCUCUAUUGUCACUGUUGUCAUCGUUGUCACUGUUGUCCCCGUUGUCACUGUUGUCAUCGUUGUCGCCGUUGUCACUGUUGUCACUGUUGUCAUCGUUUUCAGUGUUGUAACCGUUGUCGUCGUUGUCACUCUUGUCAUCAUUGUCACUGUUGUCACCGUUGUCACUGUUGUCACUGUUGUCACCAUUGUCAUCGUUUUCACUGUCGUCACCGUUGUCGUCGUUGUCACUGUUGUCAUCGUUGUCACUGUUGUCACCGUUCUCUCUAUUGUCACUGUUGUCAUCGUUGUCACUGUUGUCCCCGUUGUCACUGUUGUCAUCGUUGUCGCCGUUGUCACUGUUGUCACUGUUGUCAUCGUUUUCAGUGUUGUAACCGUUGUCGUCGUUGUCACUCUUCUCAUCAUUGUCACUGUUGUCACCGUUGUCACUGUUGUCAUCAUUGUCAUCGUUGUCACUGUUGUCAUCGUUGUCACUUUUGUCAUCGUUAUCACUGUUGUCACCGUUGUCACUGCUGUCACCGUUGUCACUGUUGUCACCGUUGUCAGCAUUGUCACCGUUGUCAGCGUUGUCACCGUUGUCAUUGUUGUCACUGUUGUCAUCGUUGUCACUGUUGUCACUGUUGUCACCGUUGUCACUGUUGUCACCGUUGUCACUGUUGUCACCGUUGUCAUCGUUGUCACUGUUGUCACCGUUGUCAUCGUUGUUACUGUUCUCAUCGUUGUCACUGUUGUCAUCGUUGUCACUGUUGUCAUCAUUGUCACUGUUGUCACUGUUGUUACUGUUCUCAUCGUUGUCACUGUUGUCACCAUUGUCACUGUUGUCACCGUUGCCAUCGUUGUCACUGUUGUCAUCGUUGUCACUGUUGUCAUCAUUGUCACUGUUGUCACCGUUGUCACUGUUGUCUUCGUUGUCACUGUUGCCAUCGUUGUCACCGUUGUCACUUUUGUCACUUUUGUCAUCGUUGUUACUCUUGUCACUGUUGUCACCGUUGUCACUGUUGUCACCGUUGUCGUCGUAGUCACUGUUGUCACCGUUGUCACUGUUGUAAUCGUUGUCACUGUUGUGACCAUUGUCAUCGUUGUCACAGUUGUCACUGUUGUCACCGGUUUCACUUUUGUCACUCUUGUCACCGUUGUCACUGUUGUCACCGUUGUCACUGUUGUCACCGUUGUCAUCGUUGUCACUAUUGUCAUCGUUGCCACUGUUGUCACCGUUGUCACUGUUGUCACCGUUGUUAUCGUUGUCACUGUUGUCACCGUUGUCACUGUUCUCGCUGUUGUCACUGUUGUCGCGGUUGUCAUUGUUUUCAAUGUUCUGAGCGUUGUCACCGUUUUCACUGUUGUCACCGUUGUCACUGUUGUCAUUGUUGUCACCGUUCUCACGGUUGUCGAUGUUGUCACUGUUGUCACUGUUGUCACUUUUGUCACUCUUUUCACCGUUGUCACUGUUGUCACUGUUUUCACUGUUCUCAUCGUUGUCAUCGUUGUCAUGGUUGUCACUGUUGUCAUUGUUGUCACCGUUGUCGUUGUUGUAACUUUUAUCACCGUUGUCACUUUUGUCACUGUUGUCCACGUUGUCACUGAUUUCACCGUCGUCGCCGUUGUCACCAUUGUCACCGUUGUCGCUUUUAACACUGUUGUCACCGUUUUAACCUUUGUCACCGUUGUCACUGUUGUCACCGUUUUCACCGUUGUCAUUGUUGUCACCGUUCUCACGAUUGUCACUGUUGUCAUUUUUGUCACCGUUGUCACCGUUGUCGUUGUUGUUACUGUUGUCACCGUUGUCACUUUUGUCACUGUUGUCACCGUUGUCAUUGUUGUCACCGUUGUCACCGUUGUCGUAAUUGUUACUGUUGUCACUGUUGUCACCAGAUGUCACCAUUGUCACUCUUGUCACCAUUGUCACCGUUGCCACUGUUGUCACCGUUUUCACUGUUGUCACUGUUGUUACUGUUGUCACCAUUGUCACCGUAUCACUGUUUUCAACGUUGUCACCGUUGUCGCCAUUAUCACUGUUGUUACCGUUGUCACCGUUGUUCCGUUGUCACGGUUGUCAUUGUUAUCACUUUUGUCAUUCUUUUUACCGUUGUCACUGUGGUCACCGUUGUCACGGUUGUCACUGUUGUCAUUGUUGUCACCGUUGUUACCAUUCUUGUUGUUGUUACUGUUGUCACGGUUGUCACUGUUGUCACUGUUGUCACCCUUGUCACUGUUGGCACUGUUGUUCUUGUUGUCGCCGUUGUCACCGUUGUAAGCGUGGUCACUGUUGUCACCGUGGUCACUGUUGUCACCGUUGUCACUGUUGUUACCGUGGUCACUGUUGUCACUGUAGUCACCAUUGUCACCGUUGUCACUGUUAUCACUGCUGUCACCUUUGUCACCGUUGUCACUUUUGUCACCAUUGUCAUCGUACUCACUAUUGUCAUCGUUGUCACUCUUUUGACCGUUGUCACCGUUUUCACUGUUGUCACCGUUGUCAUCGUUGUCACUCUUGUCAUCGUUGUCACUGUUGUCACCGUUGUCAUCGUUGUCACUGUUGUCAUCGUUGUCACUGUUGUCACCGUUGUCACUGUUGUCACUGUUGUCAUCGUUGUCACUGUUGUCAUCGUUGUCAUUGUUGUCAUCGUUCUCACUGUUGUCACCGUUGUCACCGUUGUCACUGUUGUCACCGUUGUCACUGUUGUCACCAUUGUCACUGUUGUUAGUGUUGUCACUGUUGUCACCGUUGUCACUGUUGUCACCAUUGUCACUGUUGUUAGUGUUGUCACCGUUGUCAUUGUUGUCACCGUUGUCACUUUUCUCACCGUUGUCAUCGUUGUCACUGUUGUCACCGUUGUCACCGUUGUCACUGUUGUCACCGUUGUCACUGUUGUCACCAUUGUCACUGUUGUUAGUGUUGUCACCGUUGUCAUUGUUGUCACCGUUGUCACUUUUCUUACCGUUGUCAUCGUUGUCAUCGUUGUCACUGUUGUCACCGUUGUCGUCGUUGUCACCGUUGUUACUUUUUUCACUGUUGUCACCAUUGUCACUGUUGUCACCGUUGUCACCGUUGUAAUCGUUGUCACUGUUGUGACCGUUGUCACUGUUGUCACGGUUGUCACCAUUGUCAUUGUAUUGAUCGUUUUCACUAUUGUGACCGUUGUCAUUGUUGUCAUCGUUGUCACUGGUGUCACCGUUGUCGUCGUUGUCACUCUUGUCAUCGUUGUUACUGUUGUCACCGUUGUCACCGUUGUCACUUUUUUCACCGUUGUCAUCGUUGUCAUUGUUCUCACCGUUGUCACUGUUCUCACUGUUGUCAUCGUUGUCACUGUUGUCACCUUUGUCAUCUUUUUGCACUGUUGUCACCGUUGUCGUCGUUGCCACUGUUGUCAUCGUUGUCUUCACCGUGUCACAGUUGUCACUGUUGUCACCGGUGUCACCGUUUUCACUGUUUUCACCAUUGUCACCGUUGUCACUGUUUUCAUUGUUAUCACUUUUUUCACUCUUUUUACCGUUGUCACUGUUGUCACUGUUGUCCCCGUGGUCACUGUUUUCACUGUUGUCACGGUUGUCAGUGUUGUCGUUAUUGUCACCGUUGUCACCUUGUUACUGUUGUCACUGUUGUCUCCGUUCUUACCGUUGUCGCCGUUGUCAACGUGUCACCGUUUUCACUGUUGUCACUAUUUUCACGAUUGCCACUGUUGUUACCGUUGUCACCUUUGUCACCGUUGUCGUUGUUGUUAGGGUUGUCACUGUUGUCAUUGUUGGCACCCUUGUCACUGUUGUUACUGUUGUCACUUUUGUCGCCGUUGUCACCGUUGUCACCGUAGUCACUGUUGUCGCUGUUCUUACCGUGGUCACUGUUGUCACCGUUGUCACUGUUGUCACUGUUGUCACUGUUGUCACCAUUGUCACCGUUGUCACUGUUGUCACUUUUGUCAUCGUUGUUACUGUUGUCACUGUUGUCACCAUUGUCACUGUUGUCACUGUUGUCACCGUUGUGACUGUUGUCAUCGUUGUCACUGUUGUCACUAUUGUCAUCGUUGUCACUGUUGUUAUGGUUGUCACUGUUGUCACCGUUGUCAUCCUUGUCACUGUUGUGAUCGUUUUCACUGUUGUCACCUUUGUCAUCGUUCUCACUGUUGUCACCGUUGUCGUCGUUGCCACUGUUGUCACCGUUGUCACUGUUGUCACCGUUGUCACCGUUGUCACUGUUGUCACCGUUGUCAUCGUUGUCACUGUUGUCAUCGUUGUCACUGUUCUCAUUGUUGUCAUCGUUGUCACUAUUCUCAUGGUUGUCACUGUCGUCACUGUUGUCACCGUUGUCAUCGUUUUCACUGUUGUGAUCGUAUUCACUGUUGUCACUUUUGUCAUCGUUGUCAUCGUUGUCACUUUUGUCAUCGUUGUUACUUUUGUCACUGUUGUCACCAUUGUCACUGUUGUCACUGUUGUCACCGUUGUCACCGUUGUAAUCGUUGUCACUGUUGUGACCGUUGUCACUGUUGUCACGGUUGUCACCAUUGUCAUUGUAUUCACGUUUUCACUAUUGUGACCGUUGUCAUUGUUGUCAUCGUUGUCAUCGUUGUCACUCUUGUCAUCGUUGUUACUGUUGUCACCGUUGUCACCGUUGUCACUUUUUUCACCGUUGUCAUCGUUGUCAUUGUUCUCACCGUUGUCACUGUUCUCACUGUUGUCAUCGUUGUCACUGUUGUCACCUUUGUCAUCUUUUUGCACUGUUGUCACCGUUGUCGUCGUUGCCACUGUUGUCACCGGUGUCACCGUUUUCACUCUUUUCACCAUUGUCACCGUUGUCACUGUUUUCAUUGUUAUCACUUUUUUCACUCUUUUUACCGUUGUCACUGUUGUCACUGUUGUCCCCGUGGUCACUGUUUUCACUGUUGUCACGGUUGUCAGUGUUAUCGUUAUUGUCACCGUUGUCACCUUGUUACUGUUGUCACUGUUGUCUCCGUUCUUACCGUUGUCGCCGUUGUCACCGUGUCACCGUUUUCACUGUUGUCACUGUUGUCACCGGUGUUACCGUUUUCACUGUUUUCACCAUUGUCACCGUUGUCACUGUUUUCAUUGUUAUCACUUUUUUCACUCUUUUUACCGUUGUCACUGUUGUCACUGUUUUCACUGUUGUCACGGUUGUCAGUGUUAUCGUUAUUGUCACCGUUGUCACCUUGUUACUGUUGUCACUGUUGUCUCCGUUCUUACCGUUGUCGCCGUUGUCACCGUGUCACCGUUUUCACUGUUGUCACUAUUUUCACGAUUGCCACUGUUGUUACCGCUGUCACCUUUGUCACCGUUGUCGUUGUUGUUACGGUUGUCACUGUUGUCAUUGUUGGCACCCUUGUCACUGUUGUUACUGUUGUCACUUUUGUCGCCGUUGUCACCGUAGUCACUGUUGUCGCUGUUCUCACGGUGGUCACUGUUGUCACCGUUGUCACUGUUGUCACUGUUGUCACCAUUGUCACCGUUGUCAGUGUUGUCACCGUUGUGACUGUUGUCACCGUUCUCAUCGUUGUCUCUGUUGUCAUCGUUGUCACUUUUGUCACCGUUGUCGUCGUUGCCACUGUUGUCAUCGUUUUCACUGUUGUCACCGUUGUCACUGUUGUCAUCGUUGUCACUGUUCUCACUGUUGUCAUCGUUGUCACUGUUCUCAUGGUUGUCACUGUUGUCACCGUUGUCAUCGUUUUCACUGUUGUGAUUGUUUUCACUGUUGUCACUUUUGUCAUCGUUGUCACUUUUGUCAUCGUUGUUACUUUUGUCACUGUUGUCACCAUUGUCACUGUUGUCACUGUUGUCACCGUUGUCACCGUUGUAAUCGUUGUCACUGUUGUCACUGUUGUCACGGUUGUCACCAUUGUCAUUGUAUUCAUCGUUUUCACUAUUGUGACCGUUGUCACUGUUGUCACCGUUGUCAUCGUUGUUACUGUUGUCACUUUUGUCGCCGUUGUCACCGUUGUCACCGUAGUCACUGUUGUCGCUGUUCUCACCGUGGUCACUGUUGUCACCGUUGUCACUGUUGUCACCAUUGUCACCGUUGUCACUGUUGUCACUGUUGUCACCGUUGUGACUGUUGUCACCGUUCUCAUCGUUGUCUCUGUUGUCAUCGUUGUCACUGUUGUCACCAUUUUCACUGUUGUCGCUGUUGUCACCUUUGUCACCGUUGUCACUUUUGUCACCGUUUUCAUCGUUGUCACUUUUGUCAUCGUUGUCACUGUUGUCACCGUUUUCACUUUUGUCACCGUUGUCAUCGUUGUCACUCUUGUCAUCGUUGUCACUGUUGUCACCGUUGUCACUGGUGUCACCGUUGUCAUCGUUGUCACUGUUGUUAUCGUUGUCACUGUUGUCACCGUUGUCACUGUUCUUACUGUUGUCUACGUUGUCACUGUUGUCACCGUUGUCACUGUUGUCACUGUUGUUACCGUUGUCACUGUUGUCAUCGUUGUCACUGUUGUCAUCGUUGUCACUGUUGUCACCGUUGUCACUGUUCUUACUGUUGUCACCGUUGUCACUGUUUUCACCGUUGUCGCCGUUGUCACUGUUUUCACCGUUGUCAUCGUUGUCACUAUUGUCAUCGUUGUCACUGUUGUCACCGUUGUCACCGUUGUCACUGUUGUCACCGUUGUCUUCGUUGUCACUGUUGUCACUCUUGUCACCGUUGUCACUGUUGUCAACGUUGUCACCGUUGUCACUGUUGUGACCAUUUUCACCGUGUCACGGUUGUCACUGUUGUCACCGUUGUCACUGUUUUCACCGUUGUCACCGUUGUUACCGUUGUCGUUGUUGUUACUGUUGUGACCGUUGUCACUGUUGUCAUUGUUAUCACUUUUUUCACUCUUUUUACCGUUGUCACUUUUGUCACUGUUGUCCCCGUGGUCACUGUUUUCACUGUUGUCACGGUUGUCAGUGUUGUCAUUGUUGUCACCGCUGUCACCGUUUUCACCGUGUUACCGUUGUCACUGUUGUCUCCGUUGUUACCGUUGUCACCGUUGUCACUGUUGUCACCGUUGUCACCGUUUUCACUAUUGUCACUAUUUUCACGAUUGCCACUGUUGUUACCGUUGUCACCGUUGUCGUUUUUGUUACUGUUGUCACUGUUGUCAUUGUUGUUACCCUUGUCACUGUUGUCACUGUUGUCACUUUUGUCGCCGUUGUCACCGUAGUCACUGUUGUCGCUGUUCUCACCGUGGUCACUGUUGUCACCGUUGUCACUGUUGUCACCGUUGUCACUGUUGUCACCGUUGUCACUGUUGUCACUGUUGUCCCCGUUGUGACUGUUGUCACCGUUGUCAGCGUUGUCUCUGUUGUCAUCGUUGUCACUGAUGACACCAUUUUCACUGUUGUCACGGUUGUCACCAUUGUCAUUGUAUUCAUCGUUUUCACUAUUGUGACCGUUGUCACUGUUGUCACCGUUGUCAUCGUUGUUACUGUUGUCACUUUUGUCGCCGUUGUCACCGUUGUCACCGUAGUCACUGUUGUCGCUGUUCUCACCGUGGUCACUGUUGUCACCGUUGUCACUGUUGUCACCAUUGUCACCGUUGUCACUGUUGUCACUGUUGUCACCGUUGUGACUGUUGUCACCGUUCUCAUCGUUGUCUCUGUUGUCAUCGUUGUCACUGUUGUCACCAUUUUCACUGUUGUCGCUGUUGUCACCUUUGUCACCGUUGUCACUUUUGUCACCGUUUUCAUCGUUGUCACUUUUGUCAUCGUUGUCACUGUUGUCACCGUUUUCACUUUUGUCACCGUUGUCAUCGUUGUCACUCUUGUCAUCGUUGUCACUGUUGUCACCGUUGUCACUGGUGUCACCGUUGUCAUCGUUGUCACUGUUGUUAUCGUUGUCACUGUUGUCACCGUUGUCACUGUUCUUACUGUUGUCUACGUUGUCACUGUUGUCACCGUUGUCACUGUUGUCACUGUUGUUACCGUUGUCACUGUUGUCAUCGUUGUCACUGUUGUCAUCGUUGUCACUGCUGUCACCGUUGUCACUGUUCUUACUGUUGUCACCGUUGUCACUGUUUUCACCGUUGUCGCCGUUGUCACUGUUUUCACCGUUGUCAUCGUUGUCACUAUUGUCAUCGUUGUCACUGUUGUCACCGUUGUCACCGUUGUCACUGUUGUCACCGUUGUCUUCGUUGUCACUGUUGUCACUCUUGUCACCGUUGUCACUGUUGUCAACGUUGUCACCGUUGUCACUGUUGUGACCAUUUUCACCGUGUCACGGUUGUCACUGUUGUCACCGUUGUCACUGUUUUCACCGUUGUCACCGUUGUUACCGUUGUCGUUGUUGUUACUGUUGUGACCGUUGUCACUGUUGUCAUUGUUAUCACUUUUUUCACUCUUUUUACCGUUGUCACUUUUGUCACUGUUGUCCCCGUGGUCACUGUUUUCACUGUUGUCACGGUUGUCAGUGUUGUCAUUGUUGUCACCGCUGUCACCGUUGUCACCGUGUUACCGUUGUCACUGUUGUCUCCGUUGUUACCGUUGUCACCGUUGUCACUGUUGUCACCGUUGUCACCGUUUUCACUAUUGUCACUAUUUUCACGAUUGCCACUGUUGUUACCGUUGUCACUGUUGUCAUUGUUGUUACCCUUGUCACUGUUGUCACUGUUGUCACUUUUGUCGCCGUUGUCACCGUAGUCACUGUUGUCGCUGUUCUCACCGUGGUCACUGUUGUCACCGUUGUCACUGUUGUCACCGUUGUCACUGUUGUCACCGUUGUCACUGUUGUCACUGUUGUCCCCGUUGUGACUGUUGUCACCGUUGUCAGCGUUGUCUCUGUUGUCAUCGUUGUCACUGAUGACACCAUUUUCACUGUUGUCACGGUUGUCACCUUUGUCACCGUUGUCACUUUUGUCACCGUUGUCAUCGUUGUCACUGUUGUCAUCGUUGUCACUGUUGUCACUGUUUUCACUUUUGUCACCGUUGUCAUCGUUGUCACUCUUGUCACCGUUGUCACCGUUGUCAGUGUUGUCACCGUUGUCAUCGUUGUCACUGUUGUCACCGUUGUCACUGUUCUUACUGUUGUCACCGUUGGCACUGUUGUCACCGUUGUCACUGUUGUCACUGUUGUUACCGUUGUCACUGUUGUCACCGUUGUCAUCGUUGUCACUGUUGUCAUCGUUGUCACUGUUGUCUCCGUUGUCACCGUUGUCACUGUUGUCACCAUUGUCAUCAUUGUCACUAUUGUCACCGUUGUCAUUGUUGUCACUGUUGUCAUCGUUGUCACUGUUGUCAUCGUUGUCACUGUUGUCACCGUUGUCACUGUUGUCACUGUUGUCAUCUUUGUCACUGUUGCACCGUUGUCACUGUUGUCACCGUUGUCACUGUGGUCACCGUUGUCAUCGUUGUCACUGUUGUCACCGUUGUCACCGUUGUCACUGUUGUCACCGUUGUCUUCGUUGUCACUGUUGUCACCGUUGUCUCUGUUGUCACUGUUGUCACCGUUGUCACUGUUGUCACCUUUGUCACCGUUUUCACUGUUGUCACCGUUGUUUACUGUUUUCACUGUUGUCACCGUUGUCAUCGUUGUCACUGUUGUCACCGUUGUCAUCGUUGUCAUUGUUGUCACCGUUUUCAUCGUUGUCACUGUUGUCAUCGUUGUCACUGUUGUCACCGUUGUCAUCGUUGUCACUGUUGUCACCUUUGUCAUCGUUGUCACUGUUGUCACCGUUGUCACUGUUGUCACCGUUGUCAUCGUUGUCACUGUUGUCACCGUUGUCAUCGUUGUCACUGUUGUUAUCGUUGUUACUGUUGUCACGGUUGUCAUCGUUGUCACUGUUGUCAUCGUUGUCACUGUUGUGAGCGUUGUCACUGUUGUGACCGUGGUCACCGUUGUCAUCGUUGUCCCUGUUGUCAUCGUUGUCACUGUUGUUACCGUUGUCACUGUUCUCAUCGUUGUCACUUUUGUCACUGUUGUCACCGUUGUCACUUUUGUCAGCGUUGUCACUUUUGUCACUGUUGUCACCGUUGUCACUGUUGUCACCGUUGUCGUCGUUGUCACUGUUGUCACUUUUGUCACCGUUGUCACUGUUGUGACCGUUGUCAUUGUUGUCAUCGUUGUCACUGUUGUCAUCGUUUUCAUCGUUGUCACUGUUGUCAUUUCUUUCAUCGUUGUCACUGUUGUCACCGUUGUCAUCGUUGUCAUUGUUGUCAUCGUUGUCACCGUUGUCACUGUUGUCACCGUUGUCACCGUUGUCACUGUUGUCACCGUUGUCAUCGUUGUCACUCUUGUUAUCGUUGUCACUGUUGUCACCGUUGUCACUGUUGUCACCGUUGUCAUCGUUGUCACUGUUGUCAUCUCGUUUACUGUUGUCACUGUUGUGAUCGUUGUGACUGUUGUCAUCGUUGUCACCAUUGUCACUGUUUUCACCGUUGUCACCGUUGUCACUGUUUUUACCGUUGUCAUCGUUGUCACUGUUGUCACCGUUGUCACUGUUGUCACCGUUGUCACCGUUGGCAUCGUUGUCAUCGUUGUCACUGUUGUCGCUGUUCUCACCGUUGUCACUGUUGUCACCGUUGUCACUGUUGCACCGUUGUCACCGUAGGCACUGUUGUCACCGUUGUCACCUUUGUCACUUUUUCACUGUUGUCACCGUUGUCACUGUUUUCACCGUUGUCACUGUUGUCACCAUUGUCGCUGUUGUCACUGUUGUGGCUGUGGUCUCUCUUGUCAUUAUUGUACUGUUUUUAUUGUUAGUCCCGUUGUUUUCACCUUUUCCAUGCAAAAGGGGCGAAAGUUGGAGUUACAGUUGUAGACCUUAAUUAGGGUGUGUUCCUUUCGGUGAAUCCAAAAACGGAUUUUAGAUCUAAGAAGGGAUUUCGUGUUCCUUUCGGCAAAUCCAAAUCCGGAGUUUUGAUCUGGUGAAUCCUUUUUGAAAAAGGAUUCAUUAGAUUUGAAAUCCGAAGAAUCCAAAUCCAGAUUAACGGAUUAGUGAUCUACGCUGUUCCAUUCACAGUGGAUCCGAAAUUAGUCAGAUGAUCCAGCGGUAUUUCCAGUUGAAGUAUUCCCAUAGAGGCUGUAGAGUUUCUUCGUUGCUGUCAUUUGUCGCAAAACAUCUGAAAACACUAGAAGAUUGUCCCUGGUACGUUAAAAUAUCCAUAUACUAACCAUUUGUCUCUAAAAAUUGCUUGAAAUAAGUACAAGUAACAAAUGAACUGCUAUCUAACUACAAACUCGCUUGUAGACGCGACAGGCACUCGAUCGUGUUACAUAAAAAUAUCCGAGCUAUGGAACUGGAUCAAACUGGCCGACAUUCUUUAGAUAAUUUUCAAUUUUAAUGCGCUUCUUUCUUUGUCUGUUUUAUAUGUUCCAUCGUCGCUAUUCGAACUGCCGACCACUAUAUUCUGCACGGUAUAAUCGCAUAAUUUGUCAAACAGUAGAAAACACGUCAUUUCUUGAGAGGCUGUCGUGCAUAUUGCACGCGUUGGCGAAAGGUUACCAAGGUUACAAAUCCAAUUUCGGAUUUCACGUUCCUUUCGACCGCGAAAUCUGGCAAAUCUAGGAUCCAAAAUCCGUUUUUGAUUCGCCAAAAAAGGAACACACCCUUAGUUUUGUUGUCUCUUUCAUUGCUUUUUGUCUGUUUUUCAAAAAAAUGAGACCGUUAUUUUGACUACCAGUAUCAUUAUCAUUAUUAUGUUAUUUAUUUUACCUUUAUCCAGACCUUCCGUUCACUGAGGUUGUUCUCUUUUGCCCACUGUCCGAAGUGUCACCCUGGCUACCCUGUGGAUGAACUUGAUACUGGUCGACGUGCUCAGGCAGCUAAAAACACAGAAGCAUCAAAUGAUGACAGUACCAAUCCACUUUAGGAGACCGUUAACUUUUGACCCUCAAACCCUCGGCUUGCAAGGGCAAUUUUAUAAAUUCAAUAUAAAAUUUUCAAAUAUUUUUUUUAUAAUGCGGGGUAAGAAACAAUUUGAAUUUUAGGUUUUACAGCUGCAGGAAUUUGACCUUGUACAGGACAGGAGAGAAAUUUGCACAAGCUGCACAAGUUAACGCUUAAUUUCUGUACAAUGUAUAUUUAUAUAGUAUUCACCAAAUCAGUGGAUAGCAAUUUUCGCGCGUUCUGAUUGGUUCCCGUAACUCGGAAUAUCUUUGGAUAUUCACUGUUUUGGGACGGGAUUUAAAAUGGCUUCUUGUUUCAAGACAGUUUCGAAAGAUGAAAUUUUAGAGUUAGAUGAAGCAGCUGCGCCAACAAAUACCAAGAGUGGGACAAAAUUUGGCUUGGGAACUACUAUUUAUAAAUGUUGUAUAUUUCCAUUUGUUAUUGCCAUUUACAGGGUAUAAUUAUUAUUUUUAAAAUAGUAUAUUCAAUAACAAAAUAGGAGUUACAGGUGUAGAAAGUUUUUUUGACAAUACAGGCAGCAGACUCUAUGUAAGACACCGGCGCUGAUUUCAAAUUUUAGACAAUGUAUAAUGAGGUCCUCUUAGUCUGAAUUUCAAAACCAGUCAUUUCACAUAUUGAUGGUAUUUGACCAUUGAAUUUUGUUUCUUUCUAUUCACUGUGUCCUUGUUUCAGCUCAUUUGCAGCCAUUUCAUCCGUCUUAUGCAGGGUUCGUACAGGUCGUGGAAAACCUGGAAAGUCAUGGAAUUUGAGAAUUUCAUUUUCCAGGCCUGGAAAGUCAUGGAAUUUAAUUGUCGGUCCUUGAAAGUCAUGGAAAAUUAAAGUUUUGUUUGAUUGUUUAGUUACUGCAGAUGACAAAGCAAGGACAAUGUAAGAUAGAGAGGAGUAAUUAAACAGCGCAAAUGGCACGCAUUUUGGUGGACACCAGAGUUUGUGUCUGUUGAACUGCUUAAGGUCAAAAAAUACCCCCAAACUAGGAAAAUUGUGAAAGUUUAUGAAAGUGACAACUAAAAAAUGGAAAACUUGAAAAGGUCAUGGAAAGUCAUGGAACUUUAAGAGCUCAAAAGGUUACGAACCCUGCUUAUGUCAUUGUUUGAAAGCCACAUGGCUUGUCGGAAAUGUCAGCUUAAUAGGGCCUCAAGAAUAUUUACAUGUGAAAUUACACAAAAUUAAUUCUGUAACGAAUUAGGAUUUAUACGUGAUAACACUGACGAUUUUGUCUGGCAAUGUUAGUCUGUAGAGCCUUAACUGUUCACUUUUUUUUUGAAAAAAAAUGCCAACAACAAGGUAAGGUAGGUUAGACAUUUUAGACCACAUAAAAUAUUUCUGCAUUCCUAUACAUUGUCUCAAAGUUAAUAAAUCCCAACAUCUCAAUAUAGAGCUUGGGAUGCCUGUGCAUGUAUAAUAAUGAAACACAGGAUCUAUUUAUCAUAAUUUUGGACUAAGGGGUCCAAAGCAAAAUAUUUCAUGAAAUUUGUGAAAAUGACAAAAUAAAAGGCUUUGAGCCGAGUCUUUGACGUCUUCUAGCAGUUUAGCUGGAUCACAGUUCAUUUCGUUGAGUUCUUUUUAAUUAAGCGUAGCUUUGCUGCAUUGCGG